UCCGUUUCCGCUGGGACAUUUGGCGGUUGGUGAGCAUCAUGGCAACCGUGACAGCCACCACCAAAGUCCCGGAGAUCCGUGAUGUGACGAGGAUUGAGCGUAUCGGCGCUCACUCCCAUAUCCGGGGACUUGGGCUGGACGAUGCCUUGGAGCCUCGGCAGGCUUCCCAAGGCAUGGUGGGCCAGCUGGCAGCACGGCGGGCAGCUGGCGUGGUGCUGGAGAUGAUCCGGGAAGGGAAGAUUGCUGGGCGGGCAGUCCUCAUUGCUGGCCAGCCAGGCACAGGAAAGACAGCCAUUGCCAUGGCUGUGUUUUCUGAUGUUGUGAUCAGCAAAAACACCUUUUAUUUGGAUAUAAAAGAGGAAUGCCGGAGUGGUUCCAAGGUGGGCAAGUUGACCCUCAAGACCACAGAGAUGGAGACCAUCUAUGACCUGGGCACCAAGAUGAUCGAGUCCCUGACCAAGGACAAGGUCCAGGCGGGGGACGUGAUCACCAUUGACAAGGCAACAGGCAAGAUCUCGAAGCUGGGCCGUUCCUUCACACGUGCUCGUGACUACGACGCCAUGGGCUCUCAGACCAAGUUUGUGCAGUGCCCAGAUGGGGAGCUCCAGAAGCGCAAAGAGGUGGUGCACACCGUGUCCCUGCAUGAGAUCGACGUCAUCAACUCCCGCACCCAGGGCUUCCUGGCUCUCUUCUCAGGUGACACCGGGGAGAUCAAGUCAGAAGUCCGAGAACAGAUCAAUGCCAAGGUGGCUGAGUGGCGUGAGGAGGGCAAGGCAGAGAUCAUCCCUGGGGUGCUGUUCAUUGACGAGGUCCACAUGCUGGACAUUGAGAGCUUCUCCUUCCUCAACCGGGCCCUGGAGAGUGACAUGGCACCUGUCCUCAUCAUGGCCACUAACCGCGGCAUCACACGCAUCCGGGGCACCAGCUACCAGAGCCCCCACGGCAUCCCCAUCGACCUGUUGGACCGGCUGCUCAUUGUCUCCACUGCUCCCUACAGCGAGAAGGACACGAAGCAGAUCCUCCGCAUCCGGUGCGAGGAGGAAGACGUAGAGAUGAGCGAGGACGCCUACACAGUGCUGACCCGCAUCGGGCUGGAGACCUCGCUGCGCUACGCCAUCCAGCUCAUCACGGCCGCCAGCCUGGUGUGCAGGAAACGCAAGGGCACAGAGGUGCAGGUAGAUGACAUCAAGCGGGUCUACUCACUCUUUCUGGACGAGUCCCGCUCCACUCAAUACAUGAAGGAGUACCAGGACGCCUUCCUCUUCAACGAGCUCAAAGGUGAAACCAUGGACACCUCCUAAGCUGGUUGUCACCCCCCACCACCAUCUUAUUUUCUACCAGAGUUCCGACACUGUGACUUUGUAUAAAAUGGUUUUGAAGUUG